UCUGCCGCCUUCUCCUCAGAGCGAGACCUCAUAGUGGUGGGGUUGCAGGACAGCAUGAUUCAGGUUUGGAAUACCAAAGCAGGGCAGCAUAUUCGCACGCUCAGAGGGCAUACGGAUUGGGUUCAAUCGGUCGCUUUCUCUCCUGAUGGCAAAUGGAUUGUGUCGGGCUCGGAUGACAACACGGUCUGUAUUUGGGAUAUGCAAUCUGAGAAGCUUGUCCAUCCACCACUCAAGGGACAUAUGGACUCGGUCCAUUCCGUUGCUUUCUCACCUGACUCCAACUGGGUGGUCUCACGUUCAACAGAUGGAAUGAUUUGCUUAUGGGAUACCACAACGGGAACACUUGUGCACGAGCCAUUGCGCGGCCAUCCAUCCUAUCCAUCCUCUGUUGCAUUCUCGCAGGAUGGAAAAUGGAUUGCUUCGGGCGACCAGACCGUGCAGCUGUGGGAUGCCAACUCCGGCCAGCCUAUCGGGUCCCCUCUUCAGGGCCACACUAGCGGUGUCACAGCAUUGGCGAUCUCCCCGAACGGCAAGUUCGUUGUAUCCGGUUCUGUAGACGGUGUCGUUCAUCUCUGGGACACCACAGAACAAGCACUUUGCACGACUUUGAAUGGUCACAUCAACGCGGUGAAUUCUGUAGCGUUCUCGGGAGAUGGCCAGUACAUCGUCUCUGGAUCAUACGACAGGACUGUGCGUAAAGACAUUUAUGUGUGGAAUACCUCAACGGGAAAUCCAGUUCAAGGCCAUCACUGGCCGGAACACACCGCCGACUUACGCUACAUUGCGUUCUUACCCGAUGGACAGCACGUCUUGUCGUGGUCGGAUGAUGGCACAGUUCGCGUGUGGGAAGUCUCCACCGGUCAACAGAUUCGCCAUUUCACAGUUCCAACCUUGGUAUCUGGUUGGUCAAACCCUGCGCAUGCAUCAAUCUCUCAGGACGGGCGAUAUAUCGCAUUGUCCCGCUCAGAAGUGAUUAUACACCUAUGGGACAUCUCCACCGGGGAGCGUUCGCAGGAACCUCUCGAUCACACUUCUCACGUCGCAUCCCUUGCAUUCUCACCAGAUGGGAAGUGCAUCGCAUCGGGCGCACGGGAUAACACAAUACUCCUAUGGGACGUCGAGACAGGUCAGAUUGUAUGCGCACCAUCGGAGGGGCACACCGAUUCGGUAAACUGCGUUGCCUUUUCGCCCGAUGGCGCUUAUCUCAUGUCCGGUGACGAAGAUGGCGUCAUUCGGAUCUGGGACUCUGCCACGGGACAGACGAUCCGCGGUCCUUGGCGUGGCGAGGGCCGUUGGGUUAACUCCAUCGCUUUCUCGCCAAACGGACGCUACGUGGCCUCGGGCGGAAAGGAUUGUACAGUUCGCGUUUGGGACGCAAUCACUGGGAAGCCAAUCCGCGAGCCGUUUCGGGGUCACACAAGUUGGGUCCAGACAGUGGCAUUUUCACCGGAUGGCAAAUGCAUCAUAUCAUGCAGCAACGACGACACGAUCCGGUUCUGGGAUGCCUCGAUGGGG